UAGGCUUUUAAAUUUUCUGUUUUUCAUGAAAGGGUAUUAAGAAGCAAAGCCAACUACUAUUUCCUAUCCUACCAUCUCAUAAAGAAUAUGUAGCAACAAGAUAUUCAGAUCUUAUUUUUUUAAAAAAGGCUUUGAAUAGAAUAUUUUUGUUCUUUGAAGAAUCUACUACCUUGUCCAUAUUUUCCUUCUUCUGUGUCGGCCUGUUGGCUCUCUGCCUUAGCACAGCAAUGGUCUGUUGACUCCCAUUUGGGAAUCACUGGUUUAAAAGACUCAGGGGAUGAAAAGGUAAACCUUCCUGCAAGGUAAAAAACAUUUCACUUUGCUCGUGAAUCUGCUUUGUCCACGGCAUUAAGAACACACGUGAAAGCAAUGCCAUUUCAUCAGACAGAUCGUGGAUCUGUACAAGGUCUGCAGCAGGUGGACUAGUCCAUGAUGGUGAAUAUCUAAAUAUAGUGCCCAUUGCCUGACAUGAGACUGAUGCUUCCUGGGCAUUGGAGACAGGGUAAGUGUGUUGUAGCAGAAGGGCAGGUGAUGUCAGAAGGCUUAUGUUGAUUCUAUCUUCUUCAAAGUAUUUUUAUCGGCCCGGCACAGUUCCUUCACUGUGAUGUAAUGAGUGUUUGCACACGUGCCUGUGAGCUCUCGGAAGGAGUCACAGCAUUCUCCGACUUUAGAGCCUCGCUAAGUGGUCCAGGCAUGGCAGGUGCGUGAUGCUGAGCGGUCCAGGCAUGGCAGGUGCGUGAUGCAGUGACUGUUGCAUCUGUAGAGGACUGUGAUAGGAUCACAGAAAGCAGUGUCUGCGGAAGCCCUGUAAAUGGUUUUAUUUUAGUGUCAGAACUGCCUUUGGGAGCUGCCAAAGAGUCAUGAAGAGAAAAAGUGAUUGCACUUAAACAUUUUAUAAAUUGAUUACAUUUUUUCUUCUAGUUUAUAACAGACUUUAGUUGAGGUUAACAUGGGGCCAGUUUGAAACUGGGAAGGUUCAUGAACUCCCUCUACCUACAGAAGUGCUACAAUAUUAAUUGUUUUAUCUGGUUGCUACCCUAGAAUUUUAGGAAUAGGAAAUCCAGCUUAUUUCCUAUUUAAAUGGUAUUCAUUGGUUUAUCCUGUUAACUGUAUAACUAAUGAAAGAAGGCUAGUAGAUUUUUAACACAACAGGGGUCCAUGAUCUGCCCAGUUGGUUCUGGAGAGCGCCUUUUUUCAUACUCAUUGACUUUAAAAUGUCAGCAUUUUAAAAAUGUGUUUCUAGAACUCUUGGUGAAUUUUUGCCACAAGAUGGCAUUGGUGAUUAUUGAGUGUAUAUAUUAUUGAAUCAAAUUCCAAAAAAAGUACAUAAAAUUGGAUGUGAACUUUUGAGUUAUUUUGGUUUUAACAGUUAAAAUGUCAUCACUGCUUAUAUAUUAAUUUAAUUUUUUUUACUUCCCAAAUAGUUAAUUGCCACUUUGUCACCUCCUUCUGUAUUCAAGUGUUGUUUUGUUUCCUGUUUUUUCUGUCUUUAUAACUAAAGUAAGUAUGUAGCAUUUGCCAUGUGUUGUAUGUGUCUGACUUACUGCUGAUAAUUGUGGUAACAGGUAAGAAGAAAAUACGAUGGGACCCAGUUAGGAGGCGCUUCAUUCAGUCCUGUCCCAUCAUAAGGAUCCCUAACAGGUUUUUGAGAGGUGGGUGACAACUAGCAAGAGAUCUGUGCUGCGUGUGGGUUACAGAGAGCUUUGAAUGGAUUUUCUAAACUUUUAAACUCUGGUUUCUUAAGAUUAUGGAGGCAGCUAAAAUUGGGGCGAUCAAAGUCCAGAACUUAAUUUUAAGUAUCUGUUUCAUGUUGACUGUUGUUGGAAUUGAGGUUGCAAGUUCUGGGGAGUUGGAACCCCCUAGUGUGUAUGAGAUGGUGGAAAUGGUCACCCCAUUGCUGUCAUCGGCAUCCCGUCCUAGCCUUAGCACAAAGACCUGUGAGUGAGGAACUUGUAAACCAUGGAUGUGGUAAGAAUUUUCUAAAUGUGAUUGUAAGGAAGAAAUUAAAAAUAUAUGUAAUGGUAUAAAAUAAAAAGCUUUUUAUGUCAAAUGCUGCAAAUAAAACAGAUAAAUAAACAAUAGAAUGUUUGUAACGGGUGUUUAAUUUCAUGAAUAUAUAAAGAGCUCUUAUGAAUCAAUAGGUUAGAAGCAAAUAUCCCCUAGAAUAGGUAAAACAUUGUAAGUAAUGAAUUUGCAAAACAGAAACACAUUAAACAAGGGCAAAUAUUGAUGUCUGCUCCUGUUAAAGCAUGACCGUUUAAGCACGAAGACAUGCACGUGGUAAGCAGGUAAGGACUCAACGUGUGGCUGGUCAUUGUCGAGGAAAGCAAGGUAAACCUGUGUGAGGGAAGUGGAAGUUACAGAGUUUCUGAGUCCAGUAUCAAAAACCUGACAGGUUUCAUGCCCUUUGACCGAGCCAUUCUUACUUUAAAAAUCGUGGGUUCCUUUCACUUUGGAGUUCUCAGAUUCAAACAUAUCCUAAACUGAGAAAAGGAACUGUGAGGAGAAAGUUGAAAACUUUGGUCCACAUUGUCAUUGUGCGUAUUACGUUAUCAAGAAAGCAUGCUUCACAUUGCAAUUUAGACGGUGUUAAUUCAUAAGCCAAUAUACCUAAUUUUAACUGAAGAAGAAAUUUGUAAAACCUCGAUUAAAAACCCUGUAGCUGAUGCAGCUGUGUCUGCGUCUGGUGCCUGACCCACUCUCGCUGCCAGCGCGGCACACAGAGUGACAUCAGGCCGCAGCCGAGACGGUUUCAGCGGGGCACAUUGUAUUGAUAAAAAUUAAGAGAUAGUUUUAUGUGACAAAAAAGAAAGAAAGAUAGAAAGAUAAAGAAAGUCCCCCCCAGAUCCAAAAAAGCAUGUGUGUGGCCAAGCAGACAAUUAAAAUUCUUCAUUUAUAAAUUAGAAUCUGAUUUAUUAAUUUACAAUGAGAAACCUAACUUUGAAUAAAACACAAAUUAAGAUUUACUGUUCAAUGUUCACCAAAUAUAAUUAAAUUAUUUCAGUGGGAUACUUAAUUGUUAUGUAAAAGUACAAACAACAAACCAAGGAAAUAGUAAAAUAAUUGGUUAUAUCUAGAUGGUGGGAUUUUAUUUUGUUUUAUAGAGUCUGUUUUUAGUUUUAAUUGUGGGGGAAAAAGAUUGCGCAGGUAAGUCCCAUGCACUGGCUCACACGCGGGCUGAGCGAGCUGGUCCCAGGGUGAGGAGGGCCGGCCGCGCGCAUACUGGCCCGGCAGUGCCCAUCCAGCUGUCUCCUGUGCGGCUCUGGCCUGACUCGGCUCCCAGUGCUGUAGGAUGCCCUGGACGCCUGUCGUUAAUUCCCCCUUCCUUUGCACUGCUGUGCUCUGCAAUGCUGCAUGUUUUCCUCCUGCCUCUGCUUGUCCAGUCUGUGCCUCCGUGGCCUUCUUUCCUCCUGUCACUCAAGAUGGGUGUGCCUCCAUGUUCUGGUCCUCUUCAUAUCAUCUCCUUUGGUUGUCUCAUCAACUUCUACACUGGCUUGGUUUGUUUGUUCAUUCUUCCAUUCUUUUGCUAUUUAUUGAUUGUUUCCUAUAUGCCAGGCACUGUGCUAGUGAGAUGGUCUGCAUCUUAGGUAAUGAGGCAAACAGCCAGUUGCAGAAUAACUUGACCAUAAUUCUUUGUGAUGAGGGUCCUGGUGGAGUAGUGUGACAGGGGAGCUCAUGGGGAGCUGCCCAACUCAAUUUGCUGGGAGAAGGAUGAGAAAGGAGUGUCUGUGAGCUGAGGAGCUGAUGGCAAGGAGGCCUGGCGACCGAGCAGCUGGGGCAGACGCAUGGAGAUGGCAAAAGGAUGCAUUGCCCUUGGAGGUCGUAGGGAUUGAGGAUGUUAGGGAUGAGGUGACAGAAGAAGCUGGAACUGGCCAGGUGGUCCCCAUGCCUAGGGGAUCUUCAGGAUCACAUCUCUAAUUGGCAAGGAGAUUUAACUGAAAAACUGGUUAGGAGAUUAUUAUAAUUAGCAAGCUGAGAAAUGUUAGAGGUUGAAAGGUAGGUAGUUGUCCUAGGAAUGAAAAAUAGGCAGCUGAUUGGAAAUAUGAAGUGGAUUUUGAAAACACUUGAUGACUGAUGAGACAGGAGUUAGACCUGACUUCCCGUGUGGAGCAGCAGCAGGUGUGUGGAUGAGCGGUGGUUUUAGGGAAAAGAUGGUAAAUUUAUUUUUUCAAAGUAAUAGCUUAUCAUCUAACAGUUUCAAAGUGAUUUUCAGGGACAUCUCCCUGGCAGACCUCUUUCUUGUUUGUUCUUGAAUGAUUGGUCAUGUUCAGGGAGACUUGCUUGGCAGGCCUGUCUCCUCUUGGUUCUGGAAGAACCUUCUGAGUGCCUGCCUGGGUCACAACGGUUAGCAUUAGUCACUUGUCGGCUUGGCCCAGUGUUCCAUUAGAUUGUAAGCUCUGCGAGGCCUGGGCGAGGAGGAGAGAGCCUUUCACUGCAUUCCCCUCCGGUGUGUGGCAGAUACACGCAUUUGAGUUGGAUGGAAUUAUUGAGAAGCCACAGUCAAGGAAUCGGGCAGGAUUAAAAAGUGCUGGUGUGCUCAGCUUCUCUCUGGAGGCAGUGAGAGGGAACUGAUGAAUUAUUGAAGGGGUGUGAUGGACACAAUACUGUAAUAGUGCAAACGGCGGCUUCCCACCAGGAAACGGUGCUCUGAACAUGCCCAUUUACCUUCCCCUGUUUCUCAGAUAUCACUGAAAAUGGAAAAUGGUAGCACGUCUUAAUUCCAUCAAGAAACACAACCAGGAGGUACGAAGCUGACUUGCUAGAGUCUGAAUUCAAGCUUUGCUGUUUGCCCAGUGUGUGUGAUGCUGGGCAACUUGCUGGUUUUGGGGUGUAUUUUGGUUGUUGUCGGUGAUGGUUUCUUUAGUUUUGUGUUUUUGCUUCAGUUUCCUAGUCAGUAAAAAUCAGGACAGUCAGAUUCGUUCCUGCCAUACGUGGUUCCUAGAAUGACUGUGACCUUCAGGAGAGAGUGUGCGCCCACUUAGCAGUUUUCACGUGUAACCAAUAUGAAUUCAUCUUAGUGGUUAUCCUUUUUGCUGUUACUGUGGUAGAAAUUUUGAAGAAUUCCAGGAUUAUGAAAAGCAGUUGAAAUUGUUCUGAUAGAGAAACCAGCCCAGAAUACAGUACUGUCCAGUUAGGUACUGCUGCUGGCCACAGGAGUUGGAUAGUUUCCUCCUAGUGUUUUGUCCUGAGACUCCGAGCUAAAGUCUGCAAGUGGAAGAAAAUGGAGCAGCUUUGGGGACAAGGAAAGCGGCAGGGAGUCGCUCACUCCCCGCCCUCCCUCCCUCCAUGCCCUCCCUCCCUCCAUGCGAAGAGCUUGAGCAGUGGCAUUAGUUCUCAGAAUAAAGUUUUUCAAGUAGAGGCAGGGAAUGUUUAGGGAGGUUCGGGCAGACACGGUGGGCACGGGCUGAGAUUGGAGACGGGCAAUAAGCAGAGCCUUGGGCACUGGACCUCACGGCAGGUUGGAUGAAGAGGGCUGCGUGGAGGGCGGAAAGGGUGUCCUGUGGAGGCAUGGGGUAUAGAGAGGGGCCAUACUGUCUGUCUGCAUCCUUCUAAUGUUGCUAUUACAAAACUCCCAAGUCUGGGUGCUUUGUAAACAAGCGUUGCAGCUCACGGUUGUGAACUUAGUGAAUGUGACAUCAGCUGUUAAGUGUAGCUCCUGGCGAGGUCCUCACGGUGUGCCAUUCCAUUGUGGAAAAACAGAAGGCGAAGUGGGUUUGCACAGAGAUACUGACAAGCUUUGGUCGGUCACACUCGGGGUGACUCACCCAACCUCCAACUGAAACAUUCCUGAGAAAACACAGCCCCUUGAGAGGGGCAUGACCCUUACGGCAGUAUUUAGUCACCCCCACUCCCUCUAUAGGCUCCACCAUCUCUCAGUAACAUUAUACUGGGACCCAGCUUCCGCCGCGUGAACCUGUAGGGGAUGAACCAUAUGCAGUCACAGCAUGUCGCGGCAGCUGCCUGCUUGCCAUGAGGCCGGUCCCGCCCUCCCUGUGCUGCCUUCACCCUCCAGGAGGAGGCGUCCCACUUCCUGCAGACUGUCAGGCCUGUCGGAAGGUUCUGGGGACAGUCCAGGCGCUGAGAGGCCUGUCACGCUGCUAGCAUGAAGCCCUGUGCUUUUGAGGUGCGUGGUGGCCAGCACCGAGGGAAGUUGGACUUGGCGGAGCUCUGACAGUAGCAGCAAGCGCGCUGGUCCCUGGUGGGGACUGCGGUCAGGCGGGAGGGAGAGUUUUAGGAAGUGUACUCCAAGCUGAGUGAACUGGACGCAAAGUUUAAAAGCAGCUUGCAGAAGCAAGUCGCAACUGGUGAUGUGGUUUUUGUUGAGUGUUGAUUCCUAAAAACAAACUCAGUGUGGGGUUGACGAUUAGACAGCCUUGGGACCGCUUAUCUCAUGGAAAUAGAGGGAAUGGCCACCGUAAAGUGAGUAAAGCAGACAGAAGGGAAUCUGUGCUUUGAGAAUAGCUCUGAAUGCUCCAGUGUUUGUUUUGCAGUAGCUCUGGAGGGAAAAGAGCAGACAACAGAAUACACAAAGAAACGAGAAAUAUUUCCUGUAGUGAAGACUGAGUUUUCAAGUAUAAAAUAUGUGUCAAGGACCAAGCAGAAACACAAAGCAUAGAAACAAACCUAUGACACUCUCCAGCUCAAAGAAAGAACCCAACCGCAAGGCCUCCUCCUCUACAGCACUGAGCUGCUUUACGAUUCCAGCAGGUCCCCUAGGAAGACACCGGCCUUGGCCUCAGUGCGUCCUGUCCCUCUGGAAGAGAAGUGCUUUCAGUGUUCUGAGGGAAAACUGUUUUGAAGGCCACAGACCUCCACCAGCACGAAGUGGACACCGCUGUGUGGCCGACAACACCAACCUCUAUGUGUUUGGAGGUUAUAACCCAGACUAUGAUGAGUCAGGGGGGCCAGAUAAUGAGGACUACCCCCUCUUCAGGGAGCUGUGGAGGUAUCAUUUCGCUACAGGAGUAUGGCACCAGAUGGGCACCGAUGGCUACAUGCCCCGGGAACUGGCAUCCAUGUCACUUGUGCUGCAUGGGAACAACCUGCUGGUGUUUGGAGGGACAGGCAUCCCGUUCGGAGAGAGCAACGGCAACGACGUGCACGUGUGCAACGUGAAGUACCGCAGGUGGGCGCUGCUCAGCUGCCGCGGCAAGAAGCCCAGCCGCAUCUACGGACAGGCCAUGGCCAUCAUCAACGGCUCCCUUUAUGUGUUUGGAGGGACAACCGGCUACAUCUACAGCACCGACCUGCACAAACUGGACCUCAACACCAGGGAGUGGACACAGCUCAAGCCCAACAACCUUUCCUGUGACCUGCCAGAAGAGAGAUACAGACAUGAAAUUGCACAUGACGGCCAGAGGAUUUACAUCUUGGGAGGGGGCACGUCCUGGACGGCUUACUCCUUGAACAAGAUCCACGCAUACAACCUUGAAACAAAUGCAUGGGAGGAAAUUGCAACAAAACCUCAUGACAAAAUAGGGUUUCCUGCAGCCCGAAGGUGUCACAGCUGUGUUCAAAUCAAAAAUGAUGUGUUCAUCUGUGGGGGCUAUAACGGAGAGGUGAUCCUGGGAGACAUCUGGAAGUUGAACCUGCAAACUUUCCAGUGGGUGAAGCUGCCAGCCACAAUGCCUGAGCCCGUGUACUUCCACUGUGCAGCUGUUACACCAGCUGGUUGCAUGUACAUCCACGGAGGAGUGGUGAACAUCCACGAAAACAAGCGGACUGGGUCGCUGUUUAAGAUCUGGCUGGUGGUGCCGAGCCUGCUGGAACUGGCGUGGGAGAAGCUCCUCGCGGCCUUCCCCAACCUCGCACACCUUUCCCGAACGCAGCUGCUACACCUCGGACUCACACAGGGACUCAUCGAGCGCUUGAAAUGAACACUCGUGAACUGUUCAUCCAUUCUGGAAAUGUUAAUUUAAAGAGACUCCUUUAUUUAUGGGCAGUGUAGAAUGUGCUGCAAAGAGGAUUGGUUACCUGAUCAAGGCCUUAUUCAGAAAAUACAUCAGAUGCCUUUCUGUA